AUGAAAUCGGGACGCGUCUCAACUCAACCACCAAAUAGGAAUGCUUAUCAUCCAUUCAUGGGAACAUACGUUCCACCUGUUCCACCUCCAUUACCACGAAACAUCCACGAAUCAGUAUAUUCAGUGAAAAAUCCAUCAUCUAUGCAUACGACACGUUCUGCGAGUUCUCAACAGAGCGGAAACCAUGUUUGCACGAGUUAA